UAAACAAGGUAUUUGUUUCAGAACCACCUAACGAACCUAUGAAUCUUCUUAUAACUGGAGUGACAUCUCAAGCUUUCAAUGAAAACUCUGAUGAUGACGUCAUUGAAGUAGUCAGAGAUGAAGCUCCUAUAGAAAUACUAUCGGACGGCGAAGAAUUAGAAAUGGAACGGCAGAACCAUCAUCAGCAAUCUGUUAUACAAAACUUCCAUUUUACGUCAUUUCCUCCCAUUGAUGUUGGUAAAGAGAAAAAUGACUUGGGGGAUGUUGAAGAUCCACUCAAAAAUGAUUCUCCCUUGUCUAAUGAUAAUAAUGUUCCCGAGAAAGAACCAACUUUAACGUCUGUGGCGGUACCAGUCAUAGCACUUCCUCCUCCUCCAUCUGAAGCGAUUCCCCAAACUGAUGAAAUUCCUCAAGAAGUUAAUAAUGGCAUUAAUGAUGCCAUUGAAAAUACCUGUGGUGAUCAACCAAAGGUUGAUAAAGCAAAUACUAUCGUCGACACAGUAGAACAACAACUUGAAGUAUUAUUUACUGACGAUAAACAGGAAAAAGAAAAAGAUAACGCCAAAUCUGCAGUACCAACGGAAAAUAACGUCAGUGACAAUAUUCAAUCUUAACUUCACAAAUACACGCACUACAUUUACUUAAGUUGUUAAUAAUUUAGUAUAGUAUUAAUCAUCUUCCAGGUAAUUAAUGUAACUUUCAUUUGCAUUUUUAUUUCAAUACGUAGUUCUUAAGAAAACAAGGUCAUCAUAUGUGAUUAACUGAUUAGCUACACAUUCGUACCUAAGAUUUUUUUGAUUUGUGGAAAUCUCACACAGUGAAAAAGAAAAAAAAAUGUUCCUUUUUUGUCAUACCUAUUAUGUUUUUCUAUAUCUCUGAUAGCUAAUAAAUGUGUUUAUUGACUUUAUGCUUUA